CUCCGCGAUCCACGAUGGCCGCGUCCUGAAGUGCCCUCGCUUGCUUAUCUCCCAUCCUUGGCCCGCGCAGAAAACUCAGACGCCCUCAGCGUCUCCUUAUCUCGACUUCGAUCGCUGAGAGGCGGAGUCUCAAAUAAAGCCUCCGGAAUUGUGAAUUCUUAUCUCUUUUUUUGGCGUCAGCGCACCUCAGACCUUGCCACCUUUACCGGCCUGGACCCGCCCUGGAGCCGUCUACAUGGUGUCUCUGCUGCCGCCACUUGGCCUCACCUCCGACUAUGAGAGCUUGCUGCAGCUGAAGACUUUGGACUCGCGUUCUCGGUGCGAUGACAGUGGGGCCAGAGAACAAUUGAUCGUGGUGUCCAUGAAUUGCUGCGUGAUGGCGAGCCCCGCAUCGCCGGUGUCGCCGGUGAUUGACGGAAAAAGAGCAGCGGAUGUAAGGUGGCCGCGCGGUACCACUGGUGAAGCCACCGUGGGUGCCUACGUUUCUGACAGCCAGAAGCAGGCUCAGGCUGGACUUUACCCCUUCAAGUGGUCUUCGCUCUACAAGCCUGCCGUUGUGAACCCCAUCAAUGGCAAAUCUCAUACGUUCAACAUCCUGCGCUUCUGGGACCCCUAUGCCACUGCCUUCUGGCUGGCUACCCUUGGUUUCUUCGUUGCCUUCUUCGGUUGGUUCGCAGCUGCCGCUCUCAUGACUGAAGCCAUCAAGGCAGACCUCAAGUUGACUACCGACCAAGUCGCCAACAGCAACUUGGCCUCUCUCGGUGGUACAGCUAUUGUGCGAGUCUUCUCAGGCUACUUUGUGGACCGCUACGGUCCCCGCAAGGUCAUGUCCGCGCUUCUCACCAUCGGUAUGAUCCCGACGGCACUGAUGCCCACUGUCUCAAACAUCGGUGGUCUGGAGACGAUUCGAUUCUUCAUCUCCAUCCUGGGUGGUACCUUUGUGCCUUGCCAGGCUUGGACCACAACCUUCUUCGACAAGAACAUCAUCGGUACUGCCAACGCCUUUUCCGGUGGUUGGGGUAACCUGGGAGGUGGUGUCGUUCCCUCUGUCAUGAUCGGUCUCUAUGACAGGCUCCGCGAUGAUGGAUACACUUCGCACCUGGCUUGGCGUUUGUGCUUCGUCAUUCUUCCUGUUCCCAUGAUCAUCUGCACCGUAGCCGCUAUCAUGAUCCUCGGCAAGGACCACCCCACCGGCAAGUGGUCCAACCGACACCAGCUCGCUGGAACGGCGUACGAAGUCGCCCACGGCCGUGAGGUGCACCUCGACGCAUCCGAGAUCCGCGAGCAGGAACGUCUUCGCACUCAAAAUGCAGGCGAGCUCGGCUCCAACGAAAAGAUGGUCACUUCAAAGGCACCUGCAAAGGCCUCGGACUUCUCCGAUGUCAAGGACGGCCAGACCUACGAUCUCGUUGACACCGCUGUGUCUGAGCCCCUCACUCUCAAGACUGCAGGCAAAGUCCUGCUCGAUCUGCGCGUUUGGAUGAUUGCCAUCUCCUACAUGAUGUCCUUUGGAGCCGAGACUGCCCUCGACGCUGCUCUGCCCCAGCUCAUCUAUGCCCUCUUCGCAAGCCCCACCUUCUCCGCUGCUGAUGCUGCCUACGUCUCCUCCACCUAUGGUCUGCUCAAUUUGUUCUUCCGACCCCUCGGAGGUAUCAUUGCUGACCUGCUGUACAGGAAGUUCAAGCCUAUGGGCUACGGUCUGCGUGCCAAGGUAGUCUUCACCCUUGUUUGCAACGUCCUCCAAGGACUGAUGCUCGUCGGUCUCGGCCUCUACACCAACAGCACCGGCGUCUCUCUUGGCGGUGUCAUCGGCUUCCUCGUUGCCAUGGCCAUCACUGGCUUCAUGGCCAACGCAGGAGCAUACUCCGUCUAUGGUCACCUUCGACCUCAGAACAUCGGAUUCGUCGCUGGUCUUUUGUUCACUGCAAUCUUCAAAACUCACCCUGGAACGAAGCCGACGAGGACUUUGGGCAACAAGUUCUGGAUUGCCGGCAUCUUCAACAUUGCCACCAUCCUGGUCUUCUCGUGGGUACCUCUGGGAGACGCUUCCUGAGAAUUUUGUCACUUCAGAAUCUUGGUUUUUCCGUUUUGGGCUCGAAAUUUAUCCUCGUAGAUCCGUCUUCACUGC